AUGGACCGGGUGAAGCUGUCCUGUCUAAACGAGGAGCUGGAUUCAUCUGAGGUGGCGGCUCUGUGCUUCUUGUGUCGUAAUAUUAUCAGCAAGAGACAGCUAGAGGAGGUCCAUUAUGCUAAAGAUCUUUUCCUGAGACUAGAAGAGAAAGGUCUGAUGGGGGACGUUUUUUUUCUUUCUCAGUUGCUGCGCACAAUCAAUCGAGCAGACCUCCUCAGUCAGCUUGAGACAGACAGCAAGGGAUUAGAAGAAAGUAAUGCAGCCCACAGGCUGUCUGCUUACACGGUGAUGCUGUAUGAAAUUCAUCAGGACUUGAAUCAGUAUAAUUUUGACAAGAUGAAGUUUCUGCUGGACAGUCAUCCAAGCGGCAAGCUGGAAAAAAGAAAACUUGAGUUAUGUAAGACACCACUGGACUUAUUUGCUGAAAUGGAAAGGACUGGUUUACUGUCUAACCGAAAACUGGAUGUGCUGCAUGAAACACUGCAGGAGUUUGACCGACAACUGGCAACAACAGUAGAGCGCUACAUGCAAGGAUUAACUGAGCCUGAAGUACCUCCUCAUGUCAGCAUGGAUCACCAGAGGAUCAACAACAAUCCUCCGCUGGUUCAGCCCUCUCUGCCUGUGACUGAGUCUCAGCCCAGCCAUGGGGGAGAGAUUGUGUACACUGAUUCAGAUCCAGUAACAGAGAGUCCUUCCCUUUAUGACCCAGCGGAUUAUUAUGACCUGAGUCAUAACCCCCGUGGUCUGUGUGUGAUCUUCAACAACGAGGAAUUUCAGAUGGGGAUGGGAAGGCGAAGAGGGUCCAAGAUGGAUGAGGAGGCCCUGUGCCAAUUGUUUAGCCGAUUUGGCUUCACUGUGGUGGUUCAUAGCAACCUGACAGCAGACGCCAUGAGACAAGAGGUGCAAUACCUGAGCAAGAGAGAUUUUUCUGAGGAUGAUGGCUUGGUAGUGUGUGUGCUGUCUCAUGGAGAACAGGGAGUUGUCUUUGGCACUGAUGAGCUGCAGGUAGAAAUCCAAGAUCUUACACAGCCUUUCACCAGCAGGAAUGUCCCCACCUUGAUAGGGAAGCCCAAACUCUUCUUUAUCCAAGCGAACCAGGGAAACAGCUUCCAGGAAGGUGCUGUACAAAUUCCCCCCACCCCAAAACAGAUGGACAGGUACACAGCAUCUAUGCUGGUCUGCCUGGGAGGCCCUAGUCGUGUGCGAGAGGAGACAGUGCCCUGGGACGCUGACUUCUUGCUGGGUAUGGCCACCGUGCCCAAGUGCAAGACAUUCAGACACACUGUAAACGGCUCCAUCUACAUCCAGGAGCUGUGCAGGCAGCUUCAGAGAUCAGCAGAGAGCCCAGAAAUGGAUGAUAUCCUCUCUGUGCUGACACGAGUGAACAGAGAGGUCAGCAAGGGAGUUUUUUUAAACUAUAAACAAAUGCCUGAGCCCAAGUACACCCUCACCAGGAAGCUCGUCCUCAAGUAUGUUUGA